AUGCACAGGAAGUAUCAAGGGUCCACGAAAGUGAAGAGAGCCCAAUUGCAGGCUUUGCGUCGAGAGUUUGAAGUUCUUUGCAUGAAGGAUAACAAAGUAGUUGAUGAAUAUUUUACGAGAACUUUGGCUAUUGCAAACAAGAUGACUGCUCAAGGUAAGAAGAUGGAGCAAACCACCAUUGUUGAGAAGGUGUUGAGGUAUAUGAUCACAAAAUUCAAUUAUGUGGUGCACUCCAUAGAAGAAUCUAACGAUGUUAGAACCUUGUUCAUUGAUGAGUUACAGAGUAGUCUCUUGGUGCAUGAGCAAAGGAUGAAGAUCAAUCAAGAAAAGAACAAUAAACAUGUGUUAAAGAUUGCAAUUUAUGGUCGUGGUGGCAUCAACAAUAGAGGUAGGGGAUGUGGUGGCGUUCAUGGUCAUGGCAGAGAAAGACUUACCAAAGACCAGAUCCAAUGUUACAAGUGCCACAAGAUAGGGCACUAUCAAAGUGAAUGUCUAAGUUGGCAAGAGUGUUAG